AACAGAAAUAUACAUAUACCGCCGAGUACUAUAUGAUUGAGUUGUAUUGAUCCACAUUUCGCAAUAUGUCCUCUACCGCCGACGAAACCGCCGUCAAACCGGUCCACGUGUCGCCAUAUUUCACCCUCUACAACGACGGCCGCGUUGCCAGGCACGGCGAACCCGAAUGCGUUCAGGCUUGCGACGAUCCCGACGCCGCAGUCCGCUCAAAGGACGUCGUUGUCCAGCCGGAAACCGGCGUCUCCGUCCGCCUCUUCCUCCCAAAACUCGACGGCACGGAAAAAAAGCUUCCCCUCGUAAUCUACAUCCACGGCGGCGCUUUCGUCAUCAGCUCCACCAAGUGGGCGGCGUACCACAAUUUCAUCACCUCGAUGGUGGAAAAGGCGAAGGUGGUCGCGGCGUCGGUGGAGUACAGGCUGGCGCCGGAGCACCCUCUCCCGAUCGCCUACGACGAUUCCUGGGUAGCCUUCCGAUGGAUCAUGUCCCACGCCGAGGGACAGGGCCCGGAUCCAUGGCUGAACGCCCACGCAGAUUUCGGGGAGAUUUUCCUCGGCGGCGAGAGCGCCGGAGCGAACAUCGCCCACGACGUGGCGAUCAGGGCAGGGAGCAGCGAAGACUUCCGAGAUCGGAAGAUCUCGGGGCUGUUUCUAGUCCACCCGUUCUUCGGCGGGGAAGACGAGGACAAGCUGUACAGGUUCCUCUGCCCGGAAUCCAGCGGCGGAUACGACGACCCACGGCUGAAUCCGGCGGCGGAUCCGAGGCUGGCGCGGAUGCCGUGCAAGAGGGUGCUGUUUCACAUGGCCGGAGAUGACUUCCUGCGGGCCAGGGCGAAGCUGUACUUUCAGGAAUUGAAGAAGAGCGAGUGGAAAGGAGAAGCAGAGAUUGUGGAGAUUGAAGGAGAAGGACAUGCUUUUCACCUCACAAAUCCAAGCAAUCCCAAGGCUGAAACUCUGAUUCAUGAUUUGGUUGCCUUCUUCAAUCAAUCUUAAGCUGCUUUUUCUGCAUCAUAUAUGUUGUUGAUGCUUCUUUAUUGCCUUUCUUGUGAAUAAUUGCCUGUUUCUCUGAAUCUUCUUAACCUGUAAAAUUAUUGGUAUGUUUCAGCAUCAGAGAUGCUUUUCAGUUCACUCUGUGAUUUGAAAUCAACAAAAUGGAAAUGUGGUAAAAGUGUGUAGUGCUUCAUCAAACCAUUAUCAUAUUGAGAUCCCAACUUUCAAUUUAUGUGCAUCUAGUAUUCUGUCACCAUAGAUUCAUCAACUCUAACCAUAAAAAAGUGUCUCAAACCUU